CCCAUUAGAGAGAUUUGGGAAUGGAAGGGUCAAUUAAUAGCAGUAGUAGUGAAAUGAGACCAAGUGGCAUGGUUGUUCAGAAAAGAGAAGAUGAUGCUUUAUCUAAUCCAACUAUCACAAUCAAAUUCUCAUAUGCUUCACAAGACUUUGAUCUUCCUGUUCCCUCUGAAUUCACUUUUGGUGAAGUAAAAAGUAUCCUUUCUUCAAUACUUGGUGUGGAGCCUAAGAUGCAAAAACUUCUAUUCCGUGGAAAAGAAAAAGAAGAUCACGAAUAUCUGCACUUGGCUGGUGUGAAAGACAAUUCCAAAGUGUUAGUUAUAGAGGAAGAAACGGUUGAGGAGAAAAUUCCUGAAGAGGUUAGGGUAACCACUGAAAUAUCAAGAGGAGCUGAAGCUGUUGCUGAAGUGAGAAAAGAAGUGGAUAAGCUGUCAGAGCAGGUCUCUGCUGUACAAGCAGUCGUGUUUGAUGGUUCCAAUGUUGAAGUCAAGUAUAUUAUCUGUUUGGAAGAGAUGCUGAUGAGGCAGCUGCUGAAACUGGACGGCAUUGAGGCUGAAGGAGAAGGGAAAUUACAAAGAAAGAUGGAGGUGCGCCGUGUCCAAAGCUUGGUAGAGACAAUGGAUGCAGUUAAGGCAAGAAAUUCCAAUCCCUUUAGCAACAACAGUAAUGCCGUGUCAGUGACUACUCAAUGGGAGACAUUUGAGUCGGGAGUCGGAAGCCUGAACGCCCCCCCACCACCCAGACCUGCGUCUGGGGUUGGAAGCCUGAACGCCAUCCCACCACCUAGACCUGCAUCUGGGGUUGGAAGCCUGGAGGCCCCACCUCCUAGACCUUCGUCUGGGGUUGGAAGCCUGAAUGGCCCCCCACCACCUAGACCUGCAUCUGGGGUUGGAAGCCUGGAGGCCCCACCUCCUAGACCUCCGUCUGGGGUUGGAAGCCUGAACGCUCCACCCCCUAGACCUGAGUCUCGGGUUGGAAACCUGAAUGCUGCACCUCUUAGACCGCCUUCUACUGUAGUGACUGAGGAAUGGGAACAAUUUGAAUAGAAUAGUCGUAGAAAAUGCUUCAACUUUAUGAUUAAAUAUGCCAGUUAUUAGGCACUACAGACCACUAUUAUUUUGUCAUCUUCACUCUGUCGUUACAGUUAAUUUUUUUGGUGACUGUAAGCUCAUAACUGACCAGGCAAACAUAGAGGUUUAAUGAAAUGGUGUUGAUUAAGUA